CUCUCUCGACAUAGAAAGUUCUCUCAUUUCAAAUCUGGCCUCGCUAGUUCAAUGUACUUGUGGAAGAUUUUACAGUUUAUCAACAUGAGUUUGUAACUUUUAAAUAUCUUAGGACAAUGGCAAUUUUUAAGAUAAACUUGAGAAAUUAUUUGCCAUUUGAUAACAGCGAGUUGUUACAGCAAGAUAAUUAACAUUCCUAUACUAAAAGGCUGCAAGCAGGAUGUUCUCUCAUUUUACAAGAAUUGUGCUGCUUUUUGAAGCUUGUUUUUUGUUCAAUGCAUUUGACAAGCAAAAUUUUGAUGCUUCCAACAAUACCAUUCCUAUAAUAGUGAUUACGUGGAAUUAUGAAUCUGCAACAGAGAUAGCAUGGGAUGCAAUAUAUAAUAAAAAGGUGAGUGCUUUGGAUGCAGUAGAAAAAGGAUGUGUUGUGUGCGAAGAACAGCAAUGCAGAAGGACAGUGGGAUUUGGUGGCAGUCCUGAUGAAUCCGGAGAAACUACAUUAGAUGCUUUGAUUAUGGAUGGAGUGGCAAUGGACGUAGGUGGAGUAGGUGGUCUGCGAAAUGUAAAAAGUGCUAUUUCAGUUGCUCGCAAGGUGCUAGAGAACACAAAACAUUCCUUACUGGGUGGAGAUUUAGCUACAGAUUUUGCUGUAAAAAUGAAAUUUCAGAAAGAAUCUCUGCAAACGAAUGAAUCUAAGCAAAUGUGGACUGAAUGGAAGGCAAAUAACUGUCAACCCAAUUUUUGGAAGAAUGUUGUACCAGAUCCAACGGCUACCUGCGGGCCAUAUAGCCCACAGUUAACUCAACAAACUGGUUUAAGCAAUACUGAAGAUAUUGAUAAUAAUUACGUGUUAAACGGAAGCGAGGAAAACCACGAUACGAUCGGUGUACUGGCGAUAGACUCGCAAGGGCGUACUGCGGCCGGUGCUUCAACGAACGGCGCCAAACACAAGAUACCUGGUCGCAUCGGGGAUUCUCCUAUUGCGGGAGCCGGCGCAUAUGCCGAUCAAGACGUUGGUGCGGCAGCCGGUACCGGUGACGGAGAUAUUAUGAUGCGAUUUCUGCCGAGCUUCUUAGCAGUGGAAGAAAUGCGCAACGGGGCAACACCGAGUGCAGCUGCUAAAAAAGCGAUUGGCAGGAUUGCCCAGCAUUAUCCUCAUUUCUUCGGCGCAGUAAUCGCAUUGAACAAAAAAGGAGAAUAUGGAGCAGCGUGUAAUGGAUUGGCAAAGUUUCCAUAUUAUGUUGCGAAUCCUGUCUUGGGACCUAAGUUACUUUCAGUUGAAUGUAGCAAUUACAAUAAGCUGUGCAACAAGAGUGAUGAUUCUUGCUAAUAUGCAUUUGUUUGAUCAAAUUUUAAGAAAAUAAUAUAAUAUAUAUAUUUUUCCAAUAAGGUAAAUUUAUAUAUAAAUAGUAUACUAAAAUUUGUGCAAAUCCCUGACUUAUAUAGAACAAAACUAUAUAAGUUCAGUGCACGUUUUUGAAAUAUUACGAGUUUUAUGUAAUGUGUAUAAAACAGAAUCUAAUUUGUUUUAUGAUACUUUAAACAUUUUAUGGAAAUAAAAAUAAAACAAAAAUA